CCGCGUGCGCCCGAGGACCUGGCGGGACCGCUCGCGGCGGCUCGGGAUGAGGCCGCGCCGGGCGACCCCUCGCCGCGCGGCGGGGCUCCUCGUGCUGCUCCUCGGGUGCUGCGGGCUGGCGGAGCCCUCUGGCCGCGCAGGUAAUGAGCCAUUCACGAUCGUCAAUGAAAACACAGACAAGUGCAUCCAGCCACUGAACGACUGGAUAGUAGCCAAGGACUGUGAUGGAACCAAGGACAUGCUAUGGAAAUGGGUGUCCGCACACCGGCUCUUUCAUUUGCAAUCCCAGAAGUGCCUUGGCCUAAAUAUUGUCAAGCCUACAGACUCCUUGAGAAUGUUCAGCUGUGACUCCAGUGCCAUGCUGUGGUGGAAAUGUGAGCACCACUCUCUGUACGGAGCUGCGCGAUACCGGUUGGCUCUGAAGGGUGGACAUGCCGUAGCAAGUACAAAUUCAUCUGAUGUCUGGAAGAAAGGAGGUUCAGAGGAAAGCCUCUGUGACCAGCCUUACCGUGAGAUAUAUACCAGAGAUGGGAACUCCUAUGGGAGACCUUGUGAAUUUCCAUUCUUAGUUAAUGGGACCUGGUUUCAUGAUUGCCUUCUUGAUGGGAAUCACAGAGGGCCAUGGUGUGCAACCACGUUAAAUUAUGAACAUGAUCAAAAGUGGGGCAUCUGCUUAACACCAGAAAAUGGCUGUGAAGGUAAUUGGGAGAAGAAUGAGCAGACUGGAAGUUGCUACCAAUUUAACACUCAGGCAGCUCUUUCUUGGAAAGAAGCUUAUGUUUCAUGUCAGAAUCAAGGUGCUGACUUACUGAGCAUCAAUAAUGCCACUGAGUUAACUUAUCUUAAAGAAAAAGAAGGCAUUGCAAGAAUUUUCUGGAUUGGCUUAAAUCAGCUGUACUCUGCUAGAGGCUGGGAAUGGUCAGAUCAAAAGCCAUUAAACUUUCUCAACUGGGACCCAGAUAUGCCUAGUGCACCUACAAUAGGUGGAUCGAGCUGCGCAAGAAUGGAUGCCAUGUCCGGUCUAUGGCAGAGUUUUUCCUGUGAAGCUCAACUGCCCUAUGUCUGCAAAAAACCGUUGAAUAACACAGUGGAGUUAACAGAUGUUUGGACAUAUUCAGAUACCCGCUGUGAUGCAGGCUGGCUGUCAAAUAAUGGAUUUUGCUAUCUGCUGGUAAACGACAGUGAUUCCUGGGAUAAGGCGCAAGUGAAAUGCAAAGGCUUUGACAGCCACCUCAUGAGCAUUCAUUCCUUAGCUGAUGUGGAGGUGGUGGUCACAAAACUCCAUAGCGGGGAUGCCAAGGAAGAAGUAUGGACAGGCCUUAAGAACAUAAAUAUACCAACUUUAUUUCAGUGGUCAGAUGGUACUGAAGUUACUCUAACAUACUGGGAUGAGAAUGAGCCAAACGUUCCCUACAAUAAGACUCCCAACUGUGUUUCUUAUUUAGGAAAGCUAGGUCAGUGGAAAGUCCAAUCAUGUGAACAGAAACUUAAAUACAUAUGUAAGAAAAAAGGAGAAGAGAUGAAUGAUACAAGAUCUGGUGAGAUGUGUCCUCCAGGCGAGGGCUGGGAAAGGCAUGGAGAAACCUGUUAUAAGAUUUACAAGGAUGCGGUCCUUUUUGGAACGAACUGUAAUCUGACGAUAACUAGCAGAUUUGAGCAAGAAUACCUGAAUGAUAUGAUUAAAAAAUAUACUAAAUCUUCAGUAAAAUACUUCUGGACUGGCCUGAGAGAUGUAGAUUCACGUGGAGAGUAUAGUUGGGCAAGUGCUGGUGGAGUAAAGCGGGCUGUAACCUUUUCCAACUGGAAUUAUCUUGAGCCAGCUUCUCCAGGUGGAUGUGUGGCUAUGGCUACUGGAAAGCCUCUUGGCAAGUGGGAGGUGAAAGACUGCAGACGUUUCAGAGCACUUUCAAUUUGCAAGAAAAGAACUGGGCCCGCUGAGCCGGAAGAAGCAGCCCCCAAGCCUGGAGACCCCUGUCCUGAAGGCUGGCAUAAUUUCCCCUCGGGUCUUUCUUGUUAUAAGCUGUUUCAUAUAGAAAGAAUUGUAAGAAAAAGGAACUGGGAAGAAGCGGAGAGAUUCUGCCAGGCACUUGGAGGACACCUUCCUAGCCUCAGUCAUAUGGAUGAAAUAAAGGAAUUUUCUCACUUUUUAAUGGACCAGUUCAGUGGCCCACGUUGGCUGUGGAUAGGUUUGAAUAAAAGGAGCCCAGAUUUACAAGGAUCCUGGCAAUGGAGUGAUCGUACCCCAGUGUCUACUAUGAUCAUGGCAAAUGAGUUUCAGCAGGAUUAUGAUAUCAGAGACUGUGCUGCUGUCAAGGUCAUUGACAGGCCAUGGAGAAGAAGCUGGCAUUUCUUUGAUGACAGGGAAUUUAUUUAUUUAAAGCCUGUUGCUUGUGAUACAAGACUUGAAUGGGUGUGCCAAAUUCCCAAAGGCCGUACUCCAAAGACACCAGACUGGUACAAUCCAGAGCACGCUGGAACUCAUGGACCUCCAGUCGUAAUAGAAGGGAGUGAAUACUGGUUUGUGGCUCAUCUUCACUUAAACUAUGAAGAAGCUGCCCUGUAUUGUGCUAGCAAUCACAGCUCUCUGGCUACUUUAACAUCUUUUGCAGGACUGAAGGCCAUCAAAAACAAAAUAGCCAAUAUAUCUGGUGAUGAGCAGAAGUGGUGGGUGAGAACUAUGGAGCAGCCAAUCCAUCGGCGUUUUAUAUAUCAUUCACGGUAUUUAUGGCAUCACUUUCCUAUAACGUUUGGAGAGGAAUGCUUGUACAUGUCUGCCAAGACUUGGUUUAGUGACUUAAAUAAACCAGCAGACUGUAAAACCAAGUUGCCUUUCAUCUGUGAAAAAUAUAAUGUGUCUUCAUUAGAGAAGUAUAGUCCAGAUUCUGCAGCUAAAAUACAGUGCUCUGGGGACUGGAUUACUUUUCAGAAUAAGUGUUUUCUAAAGAUCAAACCCAAGACUCUCACAUUUUCUCAAGCGAGUGAUAUUUGUCACAGCUAUGGUGGCACCCUCCCUUCAGUGUUGAGCCAGAGAGAACAAGACUUUAUUACAUACUUGCUUCCGGAUAUGGAAGCGACUUUGUGGAUUGGUUUGCGCUGGACUGCCUACGAAAGGAUAAACAAAUGGACAGAUAACAAAGAGCUCACAUAUAGUAACUUUCACCCACUGGUGGUUGGCUGGAGACCAAGAAUACCAACAAAUUUUUUUGAGGAAGAGUCCCACUACCACUGUGCUCUCAUACUCAACCUCCAAACGUCACCUUUCACUGGCACGUGGAACUUUACCUCCUGCAGCGAUCACCACACGGUGUCUCUCUGUCAGAAGUAUGCAGAAAUUGAAAGCACACAGACCUUGAAGAAUACUUCAGACACUGUAAAGUAUCUAAAUAAUCUGUACAAAAUAAUCCUGAAGACCCUGACUUGGUCUGAUGCACUAAGGGAAUGUCAGGAAAAUAACAUGCAGCUGGUGAGCAUCACAGACCCUUACCAGCAGGCAUUCCUGACUGUGCAGGCGGUUCCGCUUAACUCUGCUCUGUGGAUCGGACUCUCCAGUCAAGAUGAUGAACUCAACUUUGGUUGGUCAGAUGGGAAACAUCUGCAGUUUAGUCGCUGGGCUGAAAAUAAUGAGCAACUCGAAGACUGUGUAAUAUUAGACACUGAUGGAUUCUGGAAAACAUCUGACUGCAAUCAUAAUCAACCGGGUGCUAUUUGCUACUACCCAGGAAAUGCAACUGAAAAUGAGGUCAAAGCAGUUAACAGUGUUCAGUGUCCAUCUCCUGUUCUAAAUACUCCGUGGAUACCAUUUCAGAACUGUUGCUAUAAUUUCAUGAUAGCAAAGAAUAGAUAUGUGGCACCAACACAAGAUGAAGCUCAUUCUAAAUGCCAGAAACUGAAUCCCAAGUCGCAUAUUCUGAGUAUUCGAGAUGAAAAAGAGAAUGACUUUGUUCUUGAGCAACUUUUGCACUUCAAUAAUAUGGUUUCUUGGGUCAUGUUAGGUAUAACUUAUGAAAAUAAUUCUCUUUUGUGGUCUGAUAAGACCAUGCUAUCAUAUACACACUGGAGAGAAGGAAGACCAGCUAUAAAAAAUGGCAAGUUUUUUGCUGGCUUGAGUACGGAUGGCUUCUGGGAUAUUCAAACCUAUCAUGCUAUUGAAGAAAUACUUUACUAUUACCAGAACAGCAUUCUUGCUUGUAAAAUUGAAAUGGUUGACUACAAGGAGGAAUAUAAUGCUACUCUGCCACAGUUCAUUCCAUAUGAAGAUGGUAUUUAUAAUGUUAUUCAGAAAAAGGUAACAUGGUAUGAAGCAUUAAACAUGUGUUCCCAAAGUGGAGGUCAUUUAGCAAGUGUUCAUGACCAAAAUGGCCAGCUCUUUCUGGAAGAUAUCGUAAAGCGUGAUGGAUUUCCGCUGUGGAUUGGGCUCUCAAGUCAUGAUGGAAGUGAAUCAAGUUUUGAAUGGUCUGAUGGCAGUGCAUUUGACUACCUCCCAUGGAAAGAUGAUAAAUCUGCUGGAAACUGUGUUGUUGUGGAUCCAAAGGGUAUUUGGAAACACGAAAUGUGCACGACUGUCAAGGAUGGUGCUCUUUGUUAUAAACCAACAAAGCCUAAAAAGGUGUCCUCUCAUUUGUACUCAUCAAGAUGUCCAGCAAUAAAAGGGAAUGAGUCACAGUGGGUCCGGUACAAGGACCACUGUUAUGCAUCUGACCAGGCAUUACACAGUUUCUCAGAAGCCACACAGUUCUGUUCAAAACUUGAUGAUUCUGCAACUAUUGUGACUAUAGAGGGUGAGGAUGAGAAUAAAUUCGUGAGUAGACUGAUGAGGGAAAAUAACAAUAUUACCAUGAGAGUCUGGCUUGGAUUAUCUCAACAGUCUGCCGGUCAGUCUUGGAAUUGGUUAGAUGGAUCAAAAGUGACAUUUGUCAAAUGGGCAAAUAAAAGUAAGAGUGAUCACGGAAAAUGUAGCAUUUUAUUAGCCUCAAAUGAAACUUGGAUAAAAGCUGAAUGUUCACAGGGCUACGGAAGAGUUGUCUGCAAAGUUUCUCUGAAUUGUCCUUCAUCCACCUGGGUUCAGUUCCAAGACAGUUGUUAUAUUUUUCUUCAAGAAGCCAUCAAAGUAGAAAGCAUAGAGGAUGUCAGAAAUCAGUGUACUGACCAGGGAGCAGACAUGAUAAGCAUACAUAAUGAAGAAGAAAAUGCGUUUAUAUUGGAUACUUUGAAAAAGCAGUGGAAAGGCCCAGAUGAUAUCCUACUAGGCAUGUUUUUUGACACAGAUGAUGCCAGUUUCAAGUGGUUCGAUAAGUCAAAUAUGACAUUUGAUAAAUGGACAGACCAAGAAGAUGGUGAAGAUCUAGUUGACACCUGUGCCUUUUUGCACACCAAGACGGGUGAAUGGAAAAAAGGAGAUUGUGAAGUUUCUUCUGUGGAAGGAACCCUUUGUAAAGCAGCUAUCCCAUAUGAAAAGAAAUAUUUAUCAGAUGACCACAUUUUAAUAUCAGCUUUGGUGAUUGCUAGCACAGUGAUUUUGACAGUUUUGGGGGCAAUUGUUUGGUUCCUGUACAAAAGAAAUUUGGAUUCUGGUUUCACCACAGUUUUUUCAACUGCACCCCAAUCACCUUAUAAUGACGACUGUGUUUUGGUAGUUGAAGAAGAAAAUGAAUAUGCUGUUCAAUUUGACUGAUUUUGAAAGUCUCAGACUAAGAUACUGAAUACCUUGUAAUGAUUCCUGUGUAGGAUUUUAAUAUAAAACUUGACAAUGAAAAUUAA